AGAUGUGUAGUCAUUAGCCAAUCCAGCCUGUUCCCCUCUGCUCUGCCCUGUUUGCACUUCCUGGUCUGCAGCUCAGCCUCUCCUGCCACCUUUCCUGGCGCUGUUUCCUCUUUGGCCAAAGCAGGUUUAGGGACCAGCUUGCCCUCCUCCCCUGGGGCUGCCCCUGUGCUGCCCUCCCUCGGGAGCUGACCUUCCUCCGGAGCAUGUGGCAAUGAUUAGCUGCAGGGACCCGCCUCAACUUGUGAUCAUUCGGAAGGCUUGGGCAAUCCUGUUCCUGCCCUAGAGAGCUGGAGCUAUGGCUGCCGGGAUUAUAGAAAAGGAACGAAAAAAGUUGCUGGAAAUCCUCCAGCAAGACCUGGACUCGAUCCUCGAUUCGUUAACCUCUCGGAGGCUGAUUUCCGAGGACGAGUAUGAGGCCCUGGAGGGCAUUCCAGACCCCCUGAGGAAGAGUCGGAAGCUGUUGAUUUUGGUGCAGAAAAAGGGAGAAGACAGUUGUCAGCAUUUCCUCAAAUGUUUAUGUAGUACUUUUCCAGAGUCAGCGACCACUUGGGGCUUAAUGCAUGAGUUUUUAAAACAUGAAAAUAUAGAAUCUCCUCAAUCUCCAGGGGUAAGCAAGAAUUCGGAAGACCUAUUUUCCCCGGGAAAGGAACAGCCGGAGAGUUCUGAGAUCACAGUGUCCUUUAAAAAGAAAGAACACCUGGAGGAGGUGGACACCUCUGGGAUGCUCAUAGAUACGGAAAGUAGUUAUGGCGAGAUGGCAUGGUCCUCAGGGGAAAACGAGAAGGCGUACAACCCACCAGCAGCCACGAUGUCACCUUCAGAGGAGAGUGUCGAGUCUGAAGUUUCAGGAACUAUCGAUUAUUCACAGGACCAACAGAGAUACGAUGAGCCCGAUGAGUCUUUAUACUUAGGAGAAGAGGAGGACCUCGCAUCGGCUGAGGAUGCAGAAAGCAACGAGGAAGAAGGUGAUAACAACCCAGAGUACCUUGACUACGGUGGGGAAGAGGACCCUGUGUAUUCAGAAACCGCAGAGUUCUCUGGUGACGAGCAGAGUUACGGUGACUCAGAACCAGGCAUGCUGUUGGAGGAGGAGGAGGAGGAAGAAAGUAUGGAAGAAAGAAAAAAGGUGUUUAAAGACGUCCUGUCCUGUUUGAACUUGGAUAGGAGCAGAAAGCUCCUGCCGGAUUUUGUUCAACAGUUCUCCUUAGACCGAGGAUGUAAGUGGACACCCGAGACUCCGGGAGACCUGGCCUGGAAUUUCCUGGUGAAAGUUCUAGCACUGGAUGUGACGGCCAGAGAUUCCAUCCUGAGACACGAGGUUCUGGGUGAGGAUGGCAGAGGGGCGUCGCCAUCCGGAGUGGAGAAUCUGGAAAUGAGGGACACACCAGCCAUGAACCCCCUGGAUGUGCUCUGUGCCUCCCUGCUGUGUUCAGACAGCUCUCUGCAGCACGCUGUCAUGUCAAGCAUGUAUCGAUGCGGGUUUGCCCUUCCUCUGCUCCUGCCAGAUGCAGAGAACAACAAAAGCAUCUUAAUGCUGGGCGCCAUGAAGGGCAUCGUGAAGGGGCAGCCAGCACUGCCUUCAGAAGGGCCCGCGGGGGAAACCGAGAGGUCUCUGGCUCGCGCAAAGAUGCCCGUCAUCUCUUUUGUGCGCCUAGGAGACUGUAGCUUCUCCAAGUCCAGAAUCCUCAAUGCACUGCUUAGCCCUGCCCAACCCCAACUGCACAAAGUCUUCCUCCAUCACGAUUUGCCUGUCCCGGUGCUUCCCCGGCAGAUCUCGGAUGGCCUCGUGGAAAUAGCAUGGUGCUUUCCCGAGAGUGACAGUCUAAGGGGAAACCCUCCCCUUUUCCCAGAGCCUGUUGCUGUGGCCAACCUCCAUGGUGAUCUAGAAAGUGUCUGGACACAAUUUGGUUUCUUGGUGGAAGUUUCCUCAGUUGUGUUUUUUUUCACGGACUGCCUGGGUGAGAAGGAAUGGGACUUGCUCAUGUUUCUAGGAGAAGAUGCCAUUGGAAGAUGCUACUUUAUCCUCAGUCCCCAGGCCAGGGAGAGUGAAGAGGCACAAAUUUUCCAGAUGAUUCUGAAGUUGAAGCCAUCACAGCUACUGUUUUGGGAGGAGGAGGAGGAAGCUGGGGAGGAAGGGAGGAACUGGCUGGGCCUCCGGACUGCCCUCCAAGAGGUGAUGUCCUCGUCACUCCGACGUGUGUCUGUGGAGGACAUGGCCUCCCUGGCCAGGGAGUUGGGGAUCCAGGUAGACCAAGACUUUGAGAACGUUCAAGGAAUUCACCAGGUUGUUCCUGGUGACAACCUGGCUGGGACAGUUGAAGAGGAGGGGCAACGAAGACACAGUCAGCCAGAGAGCUCGUCUGAAAGCCCCGCGGAGGUGCCUGCGCGAGAGCUCGGCACCGAAGGCGAGGUCACCCAGGCUCUCCAGAAUGUCCACCUCGCCCCAGUGUUUGUGCCUUAUGUGCACAACCUCUGUCCGUUCCCAGUCAGAAUUGGAGGCCACCUGAACCGUGCUCCUGUGAGAGGCCCUAGGGUUGCAGGCUUCCACCUUGGGUCAGAGCAGAAGUCCAAGUGGUUCCGUCCGCCACCCUUUCAUAAUUCCAGGGUCCCUGGUCAAGGCAGAAGUUUCGGGGUUCAGUACUUCCAACCCCAGAGAUUUUGUCCUCCUGGAAGUUUUAUGAAAUUUUCGAGACCUGCUCGGGGCAGUCACAUGGUUGGACUAUGGGGGAGACCACCAAGACCCAUUUGGCGGCACGUGAAGACUUGGCUUGGCAGACCGCAGACCCCGGGAGGUCACUUCCACGCACAGCCAGCAGGACCAGCUGGGAGGCCAUCGCCUAGGCAGGCCCACGCCCGGGGAACACAGCCGCCUGAGGCCACUGAGAAACAGAUGAGAACAUCACCCCACACUGUGACUCCUCACCCUCGAAACUUUCAGCCAGCAGGGGUCAUACACAGACCCUUAAGACCCGCUUUUCAGCAGGGAUUCAAGCUAAAGACACCAGCUGGGCCUUCAAAUCCAGCUCGCCAAAUGGGAUCCCAUCCUACAUCUAACAGAUUUUUACCCAACUCUUUGUUCCGUCAGCCCACGCCAUCCCAGGGCAAGCAUUCCCAGCCCAGACCCUUCCAACCUAUGGCUUCUCAACCCAAACCUACCCAAACAAAGCCCACUCAGCCCCAGCCCGCCCAAGCUAGAUGCUCUCAAUCCAAACCCACUCAGCCCCAGCCCUCCCACGCUAGAUGCUCCCCAUCCAGACCCACUCAGCCCCAGCCCUCCCAAGCUAGAUGCUCUCAAUCCAAACCCACUCAGCCCCAGCCCUCCCACGCUAGAUGCUCUCAAUCCAGACCCACUCAGCCUAAGCCCUCCCAUGCUAGGCCUUCUCAGCCCAGACCUACUCAACCCAAGUCAUCAGGAACCAGUGCGUCACAGGCUAAGGCAUCCUACUCAAGAGCAGGGCCCAAGAGGGGAGGGAAGCAUUAAAGUGCUUACUCCAGAGACCUGUGAAAUGUAUCCUUUACGCAGGCCAUUCCAAUCACAGGAUAGUACCCUAAAGAAGUGAUGGUAAGAGACCACUACCAUUAGCAUGACACACAACAGGAGAUAUGCACAGCCUAAUUGUAAGAAUUGUGUCCCUAAGAAAGAGGGGAAAUAUGAAAAGAAUUAAGGAUAGAAUAAAGUGGUAAAUAAAUUAGUUGAAUUCAGCCUUGAGUCUUAGAUAAUAUUAUAUAUAACCUGAAUCCAGGGAAUGGGUUUAUGAGGCAGCUCCACUUGGGAAAGAAUGGGCUUGGAGUCUCCAAUUGUAAAGAGAUCAUAAAUUAUGGCUCGGGCUGCCUCAGUAUCGAAAAUGAAAUUGCCUUAGAUUUUGGCUGUUCCAGAGUGUCUUGGUCAAAAUUUUUGGUUUAAUAUCAGGCACUAACCAGGUAACCCUGUUUGUUUAGGAUAAUCAAUUUGCUUGUGGUGAAUUUGCUUAGAUGAUGAAACUCUCAUUUGACCCUUAUGUAUAGAAAUAAUGAACUAUCAACCAAUAAAAUUAUUUUUCAUUAACUUUAA